AGUAGUCAUUAUAUCACUUCAAACCAUGAUUACGGGGUCGCCAGUUGUGUUUUUGGUCCAAUUCUGCUUGAUCCAGUAUGCGCUCAGUCAACGACUCAAUACACCAACUAUGAACAAUAUAAACCAAUUCAGAACCAACGCUCGCAACACCCAAUUACAUGGACAAAUAACAACUCCAGAGACUGGUCCGGGUUUGGAGAUGUCAGCCAAGGUCCCAGUCACACCAAACCAGCAAAUCAACCUUGGCACACACGUUGUGCCAAACAGUAAUGAUUUCUUACUCACCAACUUGGGUGUGUCCAAGACCGUCAUCCCUAGAACGCCUCUAAAUGAAGGUCAAAUUACAACUCAGACAACUGGCCUCGUUAAAGACACACUGGCCAAGGUUCCUGGAGUACCCAAGACCCCAAUCAACCCUUAUAAACCCUUAUUGGCAAACAACAACGCUUUCAUGAACCCAAGCAUGGCAAACAUAGGUUUGGGCAUCGGUGUGUCCAGACAGGCUUUAAGCGGAGCUGGUAUGCCAAGUCAAAUGAUUAAUGGAGCUAGUAUGCCAAGCCAAAUGAUUAACGGAGCUGGGGUGCCAAGCAUGCCGUAUGGCGGAUCUGGCACCGGUGACGUAGGUGUCACUGGUGAAUUGCCAGUGAAUGGCGUGACAUCGGUUAAAGGACAAGUGCCAUUGACUGGCAAAGUGUCGUUUACUGGCAAUGUGCCAUGUGGCGGUAUUGUCACAAUAAGUGGUACAUGUGGCGCGAGUGGCAAUAAAGUGCCAUAUGCACAGGGGCCAUAUGGCAAUAAGAUUUACGGAUAUUAAUUUUAAUUUACAAUA